UUACAGCUAACCAAUAUUCAACGGAAGAAAUUGGGCCAUUCUCUUCACCAUUUCUGCAGCAGCAGAUGAGCAAGCAACGGAGGGGUAAGUCGCGGUUGCUGCCGCCGCCGGCGACGAGCAUCACGGACCUGAAUGUGGAUACGCUGGCCCAAUGCGCCAGCUCCAUUAGCCUCCAAGACCUCUCCAACUUUGCCGUGACCUGCAAAUAUCUCAGAAAAAUGGCAUAUUCUGACACUAUUUGGCAGCGGUUGUUCAGGGAGCGCUGGCCCCAGAAAACACUACCUUCUGCCAUCUCUGUAACUUCGGGAUUUAGAGAAGCCUAUUUAUCUCGGCGUAUGGAUGGGCUGCAGUUCAAGUUUUCCGAUCCUUUCGCUUUGCAUAUGAACACAAACUCAAAUCCUUUCGACCAAGUAUUAUUGAACGAGAAAGAUUUAAUCUUCUCUCAGGGUUCAAUGAUACGCAUGAUAAGGACCGAUGGUUGGUUAAGUGGAACACCCGUCACUCUUAGACUUAGAGGUCACAGUAAAAGAAUCACUUGCAUGAGGUUGUUUCCACGGAAUGAAACAUCUUUUUAUCUAGGCGAAGCAUAUGAAGAGGAGAAGGUUUUAGUAACUUCAAGCGGUGACAGUUCCAUUCGGCUAUGGAGGAAGGGUUUUUGCUGGCUAGAAUUUAGGGGGCACAGUAGCCAAGUUACAACCCUCUCAGAUAAAUUGUUAGGCAAUGGAUCCGGAAAAGUAUUGGCAAGCGGAGGGGAGGAUGGCACAGUUCGCCUUUGGUCUCUUAGCUCUUCCAGGAAACAUGGCAAGCAUUCUUUGGGGACUUUCUUCGGGCAUAAAAAUCCCAUCCAGUUGAUGUCAGUUUCCAUGGACAACCCUUCUCACUUGGUAACAAUUUCGAGAGAUUCUAAGGUGAUGGUGUGGGAUACGGAGGCAGCACUGCUUGCCAGUUCUUCGUUUGCUGGUGGGACGACUUCUGUUCUCGGUUACCCUAUAGGCAUCAAGUGUCAUGAACAUCUAGCCUAUGUUGCUGCUGGUUCCUCUGUGGUAGCAAUCGAUUUGAGGACGAUGCAGAAAGUUGUCAUUGCAGCAGCAGAUGCAAUUCUGUAUUCUUUUCAAGCAAUGCCUUCGAAAUCUUUAUUCUGCGUAGGCAGCAAUGGCAGAGCGAUGCUUUAUGAUACAAGGAGGAACUCGGGCACCUUGAAUUCAGAACCAAUAGCGGUAGAUGGUGGACACGGAGGGCCAGUGACGUACUUGCACAUGGAUCCCUACAAAAUAGUUACAGGAAGUCCGGUGGAUGGGCAUUUUAAUGUUUUGGACGCCAACACUGGUGCACCGACCAAUUCCUUGACAUGUGGUAUUGAAAAUGGAACAAAUAACAGCACAAGGUGCUGUGCCCUGGCUGUCAACGGGAGUCGAAUUGUUACUGGUAGUGUCAACGAUGUUGCAGAAGUCGGAUGUCUGCUCUUUAGGGACUUCGCCAAUGCUUCUUGUCCUGUCUUUUUUUUCUAAGGAUGAUCAUGUUGAAAAGUUCUGAAAUUCAAAAACGAAGGAGAAUGGAUGAAACAAAAACUUGAAAGCGUCUUAGUCUCGGUCUAAUAGUCUUAUAGAUUAAAAUGAGGUGAAAUGGAAAAUCAAGAGUUUGUACACUCGAUGUUAUUGAGAAUAUUACAUGUAACCAAUGCUUUACGUGGUUUAAUUUACAACGAAAUGCAGCACCAAAUCUCAUUCUAUUUA